AUGGGUUCAAUCCUUGAAAGCUCCACCAUAGAAAAUGAAGAAAUAGAAAACCAAUACCUUCAGAAAGGAGUGAGACACUUGUGUGAAAGAGGGCUGACCAGAGUUCCAAGCAAGUACAUAUUGCCCAUCAACGAACGACCCAACUUGGGAGACACAAGGGUUAAUGCUGGCAACCUUAACCUCAAGCUGCCAGUUAUUGAUUUCACUCAGUUUCAAGGCUCAGAUAGAUGCCAAGCAAUACAUUCCCUCGAAAAGGCUUGCCGAGAAUUCGGAUUUUUUCAGUUGGUAAACCAUGGUAUCAAAGAUGAUGUUAUUCUUCCAAUGGUGGAUGUAAGUAGAAGAUUUUUCGAGCUCGCUUUCGACGAGAGAGCAAAGUACAUGUCAAAGGACAUGGCUUCCCCGGCUAGGUAUGGAACAAGCUUUAACCAGAGCAAUGACAAAGUGUUCUGCUGGAGAGACUUUCUGAAACUUAGCUGCCAACCUUUAGAAGACACUGUGCCUUAUUGGCCUUCCUCUCCUGAGGACUUAAGGGAGGCAGUCGUGAACUACUCGAAGAGCACUAAUUUUUUGUAUCUAAUGCUGAUGGAGGCCAUCUUGGAAAGCCUGGGAUUGGAGGAAACAACAGAAGGUGCUGAAAGAAAAAGCAGAAGCAUAGAGGAAUUUGAAGAUGGAAGCCAACUCAUUGUGGCGAAUUGCUACCCUGCAUGCCCUGAGCCAGAUUUAACACUAGGCAUGCCACCCCAUUCCGAUUAUGGCCUCCUCACUCUUCUCCUUCAAGAUGAAGUCGAGGGCCUUCAAAUACAACAUGAGGGCAGAUGGGUAACUGUGGAACCACUUCCAAAUUCAUUCGUUGUCAAUGUUGGUGAUCAUCUUGAGAUAUUCAGCAAUGGGAGAUACAAGAGCGUGCUCCACAGGGUUCUUGUCAACUCCUGCAAGUCUCGCAUCUCUGUGGCCUCAUUGCACAGCCUGCCAUUCAACAGCAUGGUUCGACCAUCACCAAAACUCAUUGACCAAGCCAACCCUCUACGUUAUAAGGACACAGACUUCGCCACUUUCCUUCGCUUUGUUUCUUCUCAUAACAUGAACACCAAGACUUUCUUAGAAUCCAGGAAAUUGACUUCAUGA